GCGAAGUGGCUGGGACUCCAACCUCUGCCCAAGUGGGAUGUUGUUGUUGCUGGUAGCAGCUGAACCUGUGUCACAACACCGGCUCUGCAGAGAUCCCUUAGUGGGAGUGUGGCUGGUGUGCGUGUUUUGGCACUGACAACUGUCUCUGAGGAUCUUGACUCAGGCCCUGGGAAUGUGGACUUGAGUGUCCAGGCAAUGCAGAGAUGGUGGUGUAGGGGGUCAGGGCACUCCAGGGAGGCUCCCACAGUUUCCAAGGCAUGGGACUUGCUUAUGUUUGGCUGAGAGUAGGGUGGCUGGAUUGAGAAGCCAGGACUCUGUGGUUUCAGGUAGGGGUGACAUGGAAGGUGACCCUGGGGAGGAGGGAGGUAUGGGGAGCUGGCAUGGAAGAGAAGCAGUGUGGCAACAAGGAAACGAGUUUGCUUUGAGACUUCUGGGCUCCUCCAGCUGUGCCUCUGGGUGUCACCAACUACAGCCGAAAGCCCCGAAAAGGAAGGGCUCUGAGAUAUGUCCAUGAAGGAGGUGGGCGAUGGCUUGCAGGAUCAGAUGAACUGCAUGAUGGGUGCCCUGCAGGAGCUGAAGCUCCUUCAGGUACAGACAGCACUGGAACAGCUGGACAUCUCCGGAGGGCGUCCGGAGAGCCCCCCGCAGACACGACCCGAGCACCCUGCGUGGGAGGCUGCCAGAGUUCCUGCCAGACCCGAGGCCGCCUUCCCUUCCAGCCAGGCUUCUCUUGGCAGCGGCACCAAGUUCCUACCCAAUGCGAGUGUCUGUGGGAACAGCACAGCCCCCCUGCCCCGGACCCAGCCACCGAAUCACCAGAGCUGUGACCGGCAGGGGUCAGAGCAGCUGGAGCCUGAUGAUUGGACCUCCACCCUGAUGUCGCGGGGCCGCAAUCGCCAGCCUCUCGUGUUAGGGGACAAUGUUUUUGCAGACCUGGUGGGCAACUGGCUAGACUUGCCGAAACUGGAGAAGUCUGGGGAGAAGUGCGAGACUCAGGGGGUGGGGGAGCCCAGAGGAGACAAAAGCCAGCCCCGGGAACUGGGCCGCAAGUUUGCCCUCACUGCCAACAUCUUCCGGAAGUUCUUGCGCAGCGUGCGGCCGGACCGUGACCGGCUGCUGAAGGAGAAGCCCGGCUGGGUGACGCCUACAGCUGCCCGUUCCCAGAAGCUCAAGAAGCGGAGCCACGCCAAGGGCUCCGGACACUGCUCCUUCCCAGGCUCCGGGGAGCCUGGAGGAGGGGACAGCUCUUCCACAGCUUGCCCCAAGACCCUGGAAGCCUCGCCCUCAGGCUUUGAUAUUAACACGGCUGUCUGGGUCUGAAUCCUA